CCUUUGUGCGCAACGAACCAAAGAAACCAUACUGCGACUGGAACGUUUAUAAUUUAAAUACGCACAGGAACAACUUCGCUCAUAGGAGAGCCCCAUUCAAUCAUGGCUCCUGCGAACUGGUUGUGGCUGGGAAAUGUGUUUUUCCUGUCUUUCCCGUUUGCGAUACUGGCAAUCGAUCUCAGUAGGCUUUACGGACAUCUACCAGCUGUUUCCAAGCGUAAUGAGGCUUGCCAUCCAUACGAACCGUUUAAAUGUCCAGGUGAUGGAAACUGUAUUUCCAUACAGUACCUUUGCGAUGGUGCGCCCGAUUGCUCCGAUGGGUACGACGAAGAUAUGCGUCUUUGUACAGCUGCAAAGCGUCCUCCAGUAGAAGAAACAGCAUCAUUUCUACAGAGUCUGCUAGCAUCGCACGGCCCUAACUAUCUGGAAAAAUUGUUCGGCAGUAAAGCGCGUGAUGCACUGGCACCGCUCGGUGGUGUAGAAAAGGUGGCUAUAGCUCUUAGUGAAUCGCAAACCAUCGAAGAUUUUGGAGCUGCACUGCAUCUGAUGAGGUCUGACCUCGAACAUUUACGGUCGGUAUUCAUGGCAGUGGAAAACGGCGAUCUCGGCAUGUUGAAAUCAAUCGGUAUUAAAGACUCGGAACUGGGCGACGUAAAAUUUUUCCUAGAAAAACUCGUCAACACUGGCUUCCUAGACUGAGUAUCGUCUGAGCUACCGUAUAGCAGUAGCUUCUAUUAUUUUGUACCACUAACACCGCAGAUUUAUUCUUAUUUAGGCUCACCAGAAGGUUUCACCUACUA